AUGAAGCCGGAUAUUAAGGACCGCGACUACAUGUAUAGGCUCAUCAUAGGGCAGUUAUUUUAUGAUGGACAUCAACAGUUGGCUUUAUCUCUUGCGCAGGCAAUCGGAUGUGCUGCACAGCCUCCUCCUCCUUCUGACAAAUUGUUUCGUCUUGUUUCCAUUGCAAAACAAUUCGUGGACGAUCCUGAAUCCAAGGAAAAACAGGCAAAUAUGCAGUUUGACGUGCUUUCUGCUGGAUUGGACCUUGAAUUUGAUGCGGAUGUUAUACCGACGUCAGCUGAGCCGUGCAACUAUGAGACCAUCUACCUUACCUCACAUAAAUCCGCUUGCCGUACAGCAGCUUUCAAUAAUGACGGCACCUUAGUAGCUACUGGAUCAGCAGAUUGUUCGAUUAAAAUUUUGGAUGUCGAAAGAAUGAUCGCUCGUGAGGUAAGAGGGGAAAUAAGCGAAAAUGGACCCGAUGCCAAUCAUCCUGUAAUUCGGACAUUAUACGAUCAUCUUGAUGAGGUAACUGUUGUCACGUUUCAUCCUCGUGAGCAGAUCCUGGUGUCUGGUUCUACUGACAAAACUGUCAAACUUUUCGACUUUUCCAAAACUGCUGUAAAGAGGGCGAUGAAAACGUUAUCGGAAGUAUUUCCAGUUAGAGCUCUGUCGUUUCAUCCUGGUGGUGAAUUUCUUCUAGUAACCACCGAUCAUCCGACUAUCCGUCUUUAUAAUGUCGAGACCGCGCAGUGUUUCGUAUGUUCUGCACCGGGUGAUCAACACAAGGACGUUGUGAUGGAUGUGAAUUAUUCCGACAAUGCUCGUCUCUACGUUACGGGUUCAAAAGACGGCGAUGUCAAGGUUUGGGACGGUAUAUCAAAUAGAUGCGUGGAAACGUUCAGUCGGGCUCAUGACGGUGCUGCUAUUUGCUCUGCAAAAUUCACAAGAAAUGGAAAGUACAUUCUGACUAGCGGCAUGGAUAGUAUCGUCAAAUUGUGGGAACUGUCUACAAAUCGUUGCUUAAUCGCUUACACUGGUGCAGGAGCUACUGGCAGGCAGGAGUUCCCUGUAAAAGCCACAUUCAAUCAUAACGAGGACUAUGUGUUAUUCCCGGAUGAAAAAUCUGGAAGUUUGUGUUCAUGGGAUGCUCGUAAUUCAGAUAGGAAAAGGCUUCUAGCCUUGGGU